AUGGCUGCCGUUUAUCCCACGUGCGACCAUUUCAGCCGAGGCUGUGAUAUGGCAUAUGAUGGUAAGACUUGCGAAGCAGCUUACGGAGCGUGCAAGCCUAUUGAGGAUGUUGUCAUGAAUAAGGUCACCCCCGGUGGUCUCAACCCUUACGACGACCGUGUGGACUGUAUAGAGCCCCCCUUAUGCGGUCAUCUCGGCAUGGAGGAGAUCACUGGAUACCUGAACCAAGCACAUGUUCAAAAGCAAAUAGGCGUUAAGAACCAGAUUGACUUCAAGACGGUGAAUAUGGACUUGAACGAGCAGUGGUCUAAAGCCCCUGAGCUUUUUGUUCCCACAAGUCGCGAAGUAGCUGCAAUCCUUGAUAAGAAGCACACUCGGGUUCUAGUCAUUAAUGGAAACAAUGACAUCAUUGUGAAUACCGAGGGGGUCAAGCGUAUUUUCGAUGACCUUUUGUGGGAGGGACAAGCGCAAUACCGAGUUGAACCAUGGGUCAGCUUGCAUUUGCAAGAACCAAUGGGCAACCAUAUUCAUGUGGGGAUGUCGAAGACCAGUGGAAACCUGACCUUCGUUACUGUUGAUGAGGCAGGGCAUAUCGUGCCUCAUGAUCAACCUGAAGCGGUCAUGCUUGUUGUCAAAAACUGGGCUAUGCAUGGAAGCGUAUCGCCGCAAGAACAUCAGUCUCCGUUUGAACUGCCGUGA